ACGAAAUGUCAAUUUUGUUAUAACCUUAAAUGUAAUCUAAAUAUUUAUUGUAAAAAUUGUAUAUUUAAAUAAUUAAUUUAACAAUGGCAGAUACUCUACCCUCUGCCAUUGAACAGGAAUUGUUAGGUAUUAAAAAUCUUCUCUGGGGCAACGAAAUUAAACUAGACAUUUUUAAAAGGUGGUCACAAGGCUUUUACUUUAGCAAGAAUGAACAAAGUGCUUUAGAACAAACAGAGGGAGGGCCUUGUGCAAUAAUAGCUCCUGUUCAGGCAUUUAUACUCAAAAACCUUUUAUUAGACUACAAAGAUCUUUCAUUUCGAGAAAAGGUUAAUUUAGAGCUCCAGAAUCACUGUCUAGUAUCAGCUCUCUGUGAAAUAUUGGGACAAUGUAAUAUCCGGAAGUAUUAUGUAGUAUAUUUAAACAGUGAAUUUAGUACAGCAGUCAACCAAGCAGAACUAAAAUGUGAAGCAGAGUCAAGUAAAGCUGUAGAAAAUUUAGAAAUAGAUCCUACUAGGUUUCAUGAUGGCCUCAAAGUACAUAGUUAUCAGUGCCUAGAUGAAGUUAAAAACUAUUAUUGUGAGAAUAUCACAAAAUUAAGAGCACAGUACGGCAUUUUGUUGUUUAUAUAUUCUGUAAUAGCUUCAAAGGGUUUAGAGAUGGUAAAGUCUGAGUCAGAUUCUCAGGAUCCUUUGAUAGAUGAGACAUAUGGCUAUGGUAGCCAAAGCCUUAUAAAUUUAAUGAUAACUGGUAGGGCAACUACUUACGUUUGGGAUCACCAUGAAGAUGUUGGAGGUUUGAAACUAUUAGGAAUAGAAAGACAAAGUCAAAUAGGUUUUAUAACUGUAAUGGAAUAUCAUAGGUAUUGUACAGUUGGAUCAUUUUAUAAAAAUCCAAUCCAUCCUGUUUGGGUAGUUGCUUCAGAUACACAUUUAACAGUACUCUUUAGUGAUGAAAGGAAGUUAGUAAGUCCAGAAACCAAAAGUGAACAAGCCAGAAGGGUUUUUAAAAGUUUUGAUCCUCACGGAAAUAAUUUUAUUAGUUCUGACAAACUGCAGGAGGUGCUUCAAAAUUUAGACCUUGUAAGCGAACUUGAAUACGUCAAUAUAAUGAAGAAAAAAUUAGAUAACGAAAAUCUAGGUAUAAUUUUAUUAAACGCUUUCAUGGAUGAAUUCUUUCCCAAGGAAGAAUCAUCGACUCCAGACAUGUUUACUCUCGUUCAUUACAACGGACUCGCCAGGAGUAACGUCAAUAGUCAAGUCCACUAUCACAUAGGUUCUGCCAUUCUGCUCGAAUCCGAUAUCAAAUCGGUGUGCGAAUCGAACCCGAUGCUUACCGUACUACAGACGAAGUGGCCAAACAUUGAAGUGAACUGGUGGGACAACAUUACACCAUCUCUUAACUGAAAUCAAAAAGCAGUUUGUUUUUUUAUGAAAAAAAUUCCUCUCCUAAUCAUGCGCAUUUAUUAAUCAUAUAUAAUUAAUUUAAUCCGUUAUGCAGUUCAAUAAAUUUUUUAUUUUGCAUU